CUUCCCACAAUGCUUUGCGGCACGAAAAGUAUGCGAGAAGAAUGGAAAAGAGUUUCCUACAAAACGUCUUAGAUAACAUGUUCAUGGACUUGUUUUGAUGGUUUGAAGUCAGCCACGCCAUUUGAGGGGGCAAAAAAAACAGUUUGAAAUGUACGUGUUACAUCCCACUGUUACGACUUGAUUAUAGACGGAAUGGGCCGAUAAGAGGAGGAAGGAACAAAAAACAAUUGACGUUCUCAUUCUUGGAUUAAAGUGCUGGCAGGUGAAACUGCAUUAUUGGCAGAAAAGUCUAAACCAGUUUAAACCUAUGUAUUUCUCGUCCCAUUUCCCUCACGAUUUCAGCCUCGUUAUCAUGUCGACAACCAUCUGCGCGUCCAUKCACCUGCGAAUAAAGAGCCCUCAGUUUCCGGUUUGCCGAAAAGCUGCAAAAAAGUGGAAAAUCUGUCAGAUUCGACCAAUUUAUUCUCACAUCAAUUUGUCGUGGCUUAGACUAGUAAAUCAAGAAGAUUUGGUAUGAUCAAAGCCCGUUCAUUGCGACGGAUAAUCCAUUAAUCAUCCCCUUGUGACAUAACGCUCCAAAAAAUAGAAUGAGCUAGGAAAUUACUUCUCGACUCGAAAAGGAAUUCUCUGUUUGAAUAUACUAAAAUAUUGACACGCUCUCUGUUGAUAAAGAUUUGAUGAGCAGGACAAUUUAAAGAAACGCUGACUACGGCAUUAGCAUUCAUUUUAAGUGGACUGCUUCGUUUAAAAAAGGUCUACCAUACAAUAAAAGAUUGGCCGAGAGAAAGCGACUGAAAAUAUCCUUAAAGUGUUUUCACGUUCAUUUAAUCUGAUGUCGAACAAGACUGCAACAGACACCCCAUUCUAUGAUUUAGGACUAGGCGUUCCCUUGUGGGUUAUAAUAGUAUGGGCAGCUGUUGGCUUUCUUCUCGUCACCAUGAUAGUUGUUAUUCUGUAUGUCUGCCAUACCAGGAAGAGUGUCGAUGCUGAUCAAAGCGACGUGGAAGAAGAAGAAAUUAUGCGACAAAGGUCCUUCACAAUGAUUGAAARCUAUCCUCAAGGUUACAUAGAAGAACUACAYACAGUMAAGCAAUCGAACACAGCCAUCUUCCCGCCACCUUUCGUCAAUAGCACGAGAAUUCCACGAGCUACUGAAGUCAAAAUGAUUGAAUCAGAAAACGGUGUUGUAAAGAAGAAUGAACCGAAUCACAUCGCUAUUGAUAACACAGGACUAACGCUAGAUGAACUAGCCAUCUCGAUAAGUAAUUAUGACGAUGAAGACUWUGAAUUCUCUGACCAUCCACAUAAGAGGAUCAACAUUUCACGGGAAGCGUCUUUUCGAACAUCGAACAUUAGUGAAGAGAACAAAGCCAGGCAAAUGUUACGGGAAAAAAUGCUUGUGAACGAAUUACGAGAGAAGAUACGUCGAGAACGGCGCACAAUUGAUGAGGACAAAAACUGGUAGAAGAAAAAGGGCUUCAAAAMCAAGUGAAAAUUGAGAAAUAAAUCGCGCCCCAUUCCAUGUAACUGACCAUGGACGAACGAGUAACAAUGAUCAACACUUCACAWUCAGAGGAAUAAAACAGGAUUUUAUGAAUAAACAAGUACAGUCAUGUGUCAGAUUCGUUCAGAACUAAUAAAACAACAUGGUCUUGAAUAGUGGUACUAAAGUGGAACAUACCACUGUAACUAUGGGUGGAAGAAAGACUUUUUCACAUAACAACAUUUACAUAAAAGCUAAUCCUAUAGGUACCAAAUUACUAGAAAACAGUCGACUUCAUGACAAUCAUUCRUGUCAAAAACUGGCUCAAUCGAAAAUAUCAAGGAAAAGAGUAAAAUUAAUAAUUUCUGAUGUCUGGAAAAGAGAGUGGGAACUCAUACGUCACUCAUCUCAUGUUAAAAAAAAACUAAGGAUGAUAUAAUAUCUUGGUUUUAUUCAUUUUUGAAGAGCUAUCGGCGCGGWAUCUUAUAAAGAGAUUUUAAACCACAAAGUUUGUAAAUACAGCACCUUUGUUGAUAAAACCAA